CAUUGGUCCAAACAUAAGAUUUUUCUAAAAUGCAAUCAAACAUCAUCGGGAUCUUGCAGCCAAUUGUCCCUUUCUUCAGAUUGGAGAGCUGGGGUGAAUUUGGUGAUGUUUAUUUUCCCCAGUGACACGCCCAGUCCGACGGGAAUGACUCCAUGUGUAUCCUAUGUCAAGGGCCACUGGAAGCCUGUUGAGAGAUGGCCAUGAUGUGCUCACACCACCCAGUCUUCUCCUCUGUCCUCCGAGGUCUCCCCUUCACACCCCAAAGACUAGUGCUGCUGCUGCUGCUGCUGCUUUCUGCCUGUAUGGCGGGCAAUGCUUCGGGAACCUGCCCUCCAGUCUGCAUCUGUGCGAGCGACAUCAUCACUUGUACCAACAAGAACCUGACCACUGUGCCAAGGACGCUCCACAAAGUUGUGACCAGCCUGGAUGUUAGCUAUAACAGCAUCCGCCUCCUUGACUCUAACUGGGCCCCUGCUAUUUUAGACAGACUGAAAACCCUCGUUCUCAAUCACAACAGCAUUGAUUUCCUCUCCAGGGGGGCCUUUGCUUCUACCCCCCAGCUGAGGUAUCUAGACUUGUCCUCCAACAAGCUGAAAACAUUAGGCAACUCAUCGUUUCGAGGUUUAAACUCCCUGGAGACCCUCCUGCUUUACAAUAAUCAAGUGGCCCAACUUGGCGCCGGAGCUUUCGAAGGUUUGUACAAACUUCGUAAGUUAUAUCUCAGUCAGAACCUGAUCGCCCACUUCCCCUUGCACUUGUAUAAAGGGCAGUCCAGCCUUCCACUACUCGAACUCUUAGAUCUGUCCUUCAACAAGUUAACUUCUGUGCCAGUCCUGCAGGUAACUGCACUGUCUGUUCAGCUACAGAGCGGUUUGUACCUGCAUGCAAACCCGUUUAUUUGUGAUUGUUCUUUCUACACGAUGGUCACUUACUGGUAUCACAGGCGGUUUAGGUCUGCAGUGGAUUUUAAAGAUGAUUACCGAUGUUAUUUUCAACUUGACUCCACGAGAAGUGUUAGUAUUUUACUGAUCCAUGAUGACCUUUUGAAUUGCUCCAAUAGUACUGUGAACGGCUCCUUUCAUGCUUUGGGGCUGCUAUAUGAGGCUCACUUGGGGGAAAGACUAGUGAUAAACUGCGACAGCAAGAUACUGGAUCCAAAUACAAAUGUUCUCUGGGUCACACCAAGGAAUAAUACAUUGCAGCCAGGCAUUCAAGAUCAGGAUUUGCGGGUGUUAUUGAAUGGAAGCCUUGAGAUUCAACAGGUCGGACCUGAAGAUGCAGGCAUCUACUCUUGUAUAGCAAUUAACACCAAACGGAUGUUAAACGAAUCAAUCGAGGUAAUGCUGAGGGUGCAUAACUUUACACAAACUGGGCAACGCUUGCAGACCUUUAACACUGCCUUUACCACACUCUCUGCCUGCCUUGCCAGCAUUAUUUUGGUCCUGAUCUAUCUUUAUUUGACACCUUGCCGCUGUUGGUGCAAAUCCAAGCAGAAGCCCAGGAAGCCGAAUGGAAAUAGUGCCCACUCUUCGAUCCUGAGCGCCACUCCCUCCCAUGAAACUGCCGGCGCUGAUCGGAAAGUCAGCACUUGCAAGCGGGUGGUUUUCCUGGAGCCGGUGAAAGAGCCUCUGAAAGGUCAGAACGGGAAAAUGACACUGCACCCCGCCAACCAUGCCAUGGCGGAAAAGAUCCUAAGGGGCAAAAGGGGCAAAGCUGACAUUGACGCUAUCAGUUCUGCGUUCUCAGAUAAGCUCAUCGUGGCGUAAUCUGAAUAUCAGGGAUAUGGUUUUAUCAGAAGCUAGAUUGCUACCAAUUAGACACACUGAGAAUCGGCUGGCAUUUCUGAUAAAUCCUGUUUGUGGAAAGCUGAAGGCUGGAUUGAAGGAUAACUCUGCUGUAUUGAAUGUUAAUAGGGCUAUGUCACCUUGGAGAGAAGUUUUACAAAUCUACUCCAUUCCUGGAUCCUUCAUGAGAGCACAAGUACACACUGCUCUACUUUCUAAAUUCUGCACAUUAUCCUGGCUCUUUUGCUUGUCAUAAGUUAUAAAUAAAUUAAAACGCAAUGAACUUGACAGACAGGUGAAAUGCCAUAGUGAAGUUGUUUUACAGGAAUGUCUGUGCCGCAUCUUUACAAGCCUUCUGUCAAGUUGGCAUAGCCCUUUUUUUAGAAGGUCUCAUUGUUUUGGACUGCUGUUUUACUCAAUCCUUAGAAGCCAAGAGUACAAUGAAGCCUCAUUUAAUGGUCUUGCGUUUGCUUCAUACACACCGGCAGAUAAUAUGCAAUGCUAAUUUUGCUCUAAUAACUAAUGAAGCUGUGUGAAAAGAUUAAUCUUUGCCACAAAAACUCAGCACACUCUUACAAUAUUCAAUUUGUCAUGGACCUUUGCCACAAAUUACAUUGUUAAAAAUUCCAACGACAAACCCAUUAUUCAGACCUGCUUGAUGACAAUAAACACAUACUGUAUCGUUUAUCUUACUGCUGUACAAACAUUGAGUAGGGGCCUACAUUUGUAUGGUAGAGUAUAAAUUAAACUUUUUAUACAAUGAUUUAAAGCAUUGCCCACAUUUCUAGUUUAUGCAUACAUUAAUUUAUCCCAUGCGUAGGGAAUUGGAAAGUUGCAAUGAUGUCAGUUGUCAUUUCAAUGUAGCAUUAAUAAAGUGGAAAGGUUACCAGCAUUAAGAUCACCAGUUCAUUGACAAGAAUAUUGAAGCCUAUGUACUGAAAGCCUGCAACUGGAGGAUUUCAGUUCACUGACCCAGUAAAAUAUCAGACUUUGCAGUCGGAAAAUGCAAUCCGAAAUUUCAGUCUCACAAGGUACUGAUGUUUGUCAUUCCCUACCGUAUAAGCUUCAUCAGCUCAGUCUCAGCUACAAGAUUCCCUAGGGACAUGUUAAAAGAAAACCCUCCAGUUAUUUCUUUUUUUUUUGAAGCUCAGACAUGCCUCUCAGUGCUUACAGCCAAGUAAUCGUGUUGAUGCUGCCUGAACAGACAGUUCUGUCUAACUUAAUUGAACAGGGAAAGGGGUGGAACUGUGAAAAUAAAUCGUAAAAAAAAAAAUCUAUAAUACAUUAUGGAAUAAAUUAUUAUUUA